UACGGUAAGGGUCCGGAUCAUAUUUGGAUGGCUGAUGUGAAGUGUGUUGGACAUGAAACAAAGCUUGUCGACUGUUCUUAUUCUACGACUGGUGUGUGUAACAAGUAUUACUGGAGACACAAAAAGGAUAUUGGUGUGGUCUGUGGUUCUACCCCAGUGCAAGAACCAUAUGGAGACAUACGAUUGGUAGAUGGGAGCUCUGCAUUACAGGGAAGAGUGGAAAUAUACGGCAGGUCUGGAUACGGUACGGUGUGUGGUUCUGACAUAAUCCUGAAUUUUGCCAAAGUCGUCUGCAGACAACUUGGAUAUUCCUCGACUGACGCAAAACUUUUGCCUUCGGAUGUUGUCAAUGUAGGAGUGGGACAAACUUGGAUUACUGAAAAAGUCUGUCACGGAGACGAAAAACGACUUGACCUUUGCGAGUUCCAUGGAUGGGGCUUUAACACUGGAUCUAGUUAUCGGUUGGAUGUUGGCGUAUCCUGUGAGAACUAA